AGACAUGCCGUCGGCUGCUAAAACCAAAAGUGGCAGAAUUUUCCGAGCUCCCACUGAUCAGGCAAGAAAACUCGAGCGAAGGCGAGAAAAUAAGAAAAACAAACGAGAUCGGCAGCAAAUUCGACAAACCAUCGCCAAAUGCUAUGAUGUGGAUGAUUCCACGACCAAGAUGUUGGCAAUCGAAAGACAGAUUCUUGGUCUUGAUAAGCCUCAGUUCCACAUUGAUGUCUUGAAGAAAAAGCAAAGGACCAUCAUGGAUAUGGUCAACAAAAGGCGAUCCGUACUGCAAACGUUGAAAGACGAGAAGGAACUCAAGGAAUUGAAUGAGAAGCUCCAGCAUUACUACGCAGAUUGUAAGAAGUUGCAAGCACUUGCAGAACAAGAACGAUUGGCUCGUAAUGCUGAUAUCAACUUUAUCCCUCUACCUGAAGGUGAAGUGGCUGAGGGUGAAAUUCGAAGAGUGCAGCUGAUGGGACCGCAGCCAUCUGCACCAGUCAAAAAGAAGGUCGAGUUCAAACUGCCUCGAGGCGGACCGCGCCGUCAAGGUCUUCGUCCUCCUGGUCCUCCCUGUGGUAUACCUCCUGAUCUUAGCGAUAGCGAAGGAGAAGGCGAUGAUCCCUAUCACGUUCCGAUACCCGCAGAUGAUGACCUUGCACCUGUUAUUAUUCCCGACUUCGAUGGACCGAAUAAGUUCCCCAAAUUUCCUCCCGUUCUACCUUUGCGGCAACCUCCUGGUCCUCCUCCUCUUGGUCCCGUUCCACCUAGAUUCAAUCCUAUGGGCAUUCCUAUGCCGCCAAUACCUACAGCACCAGACCCGAGCGCUGUUAUUUCGUCGGCUCCCGUGAUUCGACGCGACCGUGAAGCACCUGUGAUAGGACCUCAAGCACCUACAGUUGUUUCUGCUGCACCACAGCUUAGGAACUUGCGAAAGGAAACUGUUAAGCUUGUGCCCGUUGUUCUCAAACGUAAGCCUGCUGGUGUACGGCCCAAACCUGCCAUUCGUCGACCACAGACAGAAGCAACUCAGCAAGCGAAGACCACCGACGAGGCAUACAAUGAGUUUAUGAAAGAAUUAGCAGAUCUCAUUUGAUGAUAUAUGAUAUUUAUGAUUGUCCAGGAAUAUGUGUACUGUGUACUUUUGAGUUUUCGUUGUUAUAAAUUUCUCACGUAACUCAGUCUGUUUUGUCUAUAUCGUAAAAAUCCC